AUGCAAGAAGUCUUAAGGCCAGUGACAGACCCCCACAAGGAGAUGAACCCUAAAUGCAAUGAUUUGGGGUCAGAUAAUAGUCUACGCUCAAGGGUUUUACAUGAGCGAGUCUCUCUAGUAGGUGUUCUCCAUAACAGUGAUACACACAGACUAAAAGACCCCAGGAAUCAAACUGGGAAGAACCAUUAUGAAUAUAGUGGAUGCAGGAACACCAAGAAUUGGGAUCUUGCACGUGACUAUGUUCAUCUGAAAGCAAAGCCCUAUGUGUGCACACAGUGUAGGAAAACCUUCAGCUGUACAUCAGACCUCAUGCAGCACCAACAGAUUCACACUGGAGAACAGCCUUUUGAGUGCAAAGAGUGUGGGAAAACCUUUCGCAACAGUUCUACUCUCAGGCAACACAUGAAGAAUCACACUAAAGAGAAGCCCUAUGAGUGCAAUAAAUGUGGAAAGGCCAUCCAUCAGUCUAAUUUAAUUAAGCAUCAGAAAACUCACACUGGAGAAAAACCCUUUUUAUGCAAAGACUGUGGGAAAGCAUUUUGCUACAAGUUUAAUUUGGGUCAACAUAUGCAGAUUCACACGGGAGUGAAGCCCUAUGAGUGCAGUGAAUGUGGGAAAGCUUUUCGUCGCAAGUCACACCUCACAGAGCACCAGCGGAUUCACACAGGAGAGAAGCCCUAUGAAUGCACUAAAUGUGGAAAAUCUUUCUCCUUCCACUCUGGUUUUGUCCAGCAUAGUUGGAUCCAUACUGGCGAGAAACCUUUUAAGUGCAAAGAAUGUGGGAAAACCUUUUGCUCCCAGUAUAAUUUGCGUCAACACAUGAAAGUUCACAUUGGAGGGAAGCCCCAUGAAUGCAAUAAAUGUUGA